UGCUCCUUGCGAUUAUUAUUUGUUCCGGUCGAUGCAACACGCUUUAGAGGAUACACACUUUCAUAAUUUGGAAGAAGUGCGAAAAUUCGUCGACGAAUGGAUCAACUCAAAAAAGAGUCAUUUGAUCGUCGUGAAAUCCAUCUCUUGCCAGAAAGAUGGGAAAAAGUUAUAAAAAACGAAGGAAAAUAUUUUGAUUAAGGUAUUCAUUCAUUAUCAUAUUUAAAUACAUGCGUUUUUGAGCAAAAAAACCCUCAAAACUAAAUCACACCCCUAAUAGAUAAAUGAUAUCGUGCGCAACCAUCAUCGCCUCCUGGGCGCGCUCCGAUUCGCGAGAUUAAAUUGGAGAUUACAUUCAGAUUAGAUUAGAUUAGAUUUAUACCGCUGCUCCACUUAAAUCCCUCGGUUCCCCGGCCCGUGAGUGUCACUCGCCAAAUAUUUGUAUUUGGAUUGUCAAACAGCCACGCGGUAGAUCUGCGCGAUUUCGUCAAGUCCCCGCGCGUUCUUAGAUUCUCUUCCGCAUGCUUGAGCUCGCGGCUCCUCGAGGAACUUUGAUUUCCGAAUCACAAGUAUUUAGAUUCCGGUUGCCCCGUCUCUAGUCACCGGGUUCCGUUGUCGGAAUUCUGAAUCCUCCAAGUACCAAAGCUAACGACGACCCUUUUCUUCCUUUGAUUCCUUUAUAUAAUACAUACCUCUCAGCUUUGACGCCGCGUUCUUCGCGAGCGUUUGGGUACCGGAUCCUCGUAUAUUGCAUCCUGCAGACACUUUUUCGCGAAAUUUGUGUCGAUUCCGCCGGGUGUUCGCCGGAAGGACCGUGCGCGCGAUCUCCUUAUAAAGGUCACCAGACAAUCAAGAUCGCUCGGUGUCAUUUUCAUCGCGCGAGUCUCCCUCCUGGAUACCUGGAGAGCGUUCCCACGAGAAAAACGAAGGUUUAGAUGCGACCUGCCGGCCAUUACAUUACAUUACACGCUUUCGCUCUCUCGGUCCAUUUCGGCGAGCAGUGCCAUCCCGGAGGUGGCAGAAACGGCGGCCACGCUUUCACCCAAGUUUACUUCGCUUUUAGUCACGCGCAGUUCGCCCACAAUCAAGAACAGGAUUAUCCAAUGCCGACGUGAGCAUCCGUGCCCCCAUCAUCGCGCUCGAACAUCACCCUAUCGUUCUGCGAUAAGCUUGAAGAUCGGGGAGCCCGAACUUGGGGAGGGGAAACUUUUCGAUGUUUCGAUUAAGGCGGGGAAAUUAAAAAUGUAGAAACCCCGCGGGGUUUAACACCAUUAAGUAUACUUUGACUCGUGUUAACAGAAGUUACGUUAACGAAAGUUACAUUACGAAAAUGUUUCGCGAGAAGAAAACCCCCGCGAUGAAUCACUUAUAUCGUGUCGCGCAAGUCUCGUAGGACUUUUAAGGCUGUUGCUUUCAUCUUUCCAGGAUCUCGUAAUGUUGUCUUCAUUUAUCUUCAUUUAUCGUGUAACAGCAGCAAGAGCAUACACCUCACUCUUUUCGUCCGUGGUAUCGUUAUCGCGAAAUGACCUGAAGAUCCUCCAACAACCAGAUAAUGCACGAGCGUAAAUGCAUAGAGCAAAUUCGCAGGUGUGGAGGAUGAUGCUGUGUAAAGCAUCUACAUAAAUAUCUCGAGCGUGUCCUUAUUACGAAACCGCGCUGCGACGCGACUAAGCAUGCCCGUCCGACGUUACGAAAUUCACACGGCGACACCCUCGUAUUUGCAUAAUUUAAAUGGAGAUUUCUCCCUCUCAUUGUUGCAGGUCUCCUUUUUCUCGACGAGCCCGGAGCUCUCCAACAAACAGCGCUUCGAAUACUUCACCCGCACCAUACCCAGCGAUCACUAUCAGGUCAAAGCGAUGGUCGACAUCGUAUUGACGAUGGGCUGGAGCUACGUCUCCAUCAUUUACGAAGAGAGCAACUACGGCAUAAAGGCUUUCGAGGAGCUCGAGGAGCUGCUUGGAAAACAUAACAUAUGCAUCGCCGUCAAAGAAAAGUUGGUGAAGGAUUCCGGAGUAGCGGAGGAGACUGCCUAUGACAAUAUAGUUUCCAAAUUGCUGACAAAACACGAGCGAAAGGUUGCAUCAUCUUCGGCUCCGACCAGGAAGUCGCCGGGGUCAUGAGAGCGGUGAGACGGUGCAACGCGACCGGCGCUUUUUCCUGGAUCGGCAGCGAUGGAUGGAGCGCGAGGGGAUUAGUGAGCAACGAUAACGAGCCGGAAGUCGAGGGCACUCUGUCGGUCCAGCCGCAGGCGAACCCGGUUAAGGGCUUCGAAGAGUACUUCCUCAACUUGACCGUCGAGAACAA